GUCUAUCAUAUGAAAGAGGUUGAGAGUUGAUAGCAGUUGAUACACUUGGUGACGUUGGCGACACUGGUGCUCUGAAACAUGGCAGACGUCGCAGGGGUAGGCGGUGCCGACUUAAGUGAAAAUGUUGUUGGUUCCUUGAAUCUUGAAAUUGAAGAGCUUGAUGAUGCUGAGUAUAACAUACCUCCUGUUGAACACACACCUACUUUGGAGAGCAUUCUUCAUGACCUAGAUGACCGUGCUUCUCUGAGUGAAGAUGAUAUGUCAAAUUGUUUACUUCCAACAGCUGAGGGUGGUUUUGAGGGAAGUGAGACGUUGUCAUUAGGAAGCAUGGGAAGCCGUAGCCGCAGUUCUUCAGAACAACGUCAAAAGUCCACUCGCUUGGCUACACAUAACAACCCAACUCAACAAACAGGUUCCAUUCUUCGCCAUGUCAUUCUAAAGGGAAUAUCCAGUCAGUUAAUGUCUGCCUCUGAACGAAUAAAUGCAGGGAUGCCCACAGCUAUGGCAGCUACAACCAUGAUAGCUGUGGGCACAUCACAUGGCUUGGUGCUCUUAUUUGAUGCUUCUCAAACACUUCGAUGGUGCCUUGGAGCUACUGAACAAGAUCAAGGUUCUGUUUCCAGUUUGAGUUUCAACCACGAUUGUACGCGCCUUCUUGCAGGAUAUGCUAGAGGCCAUAUUCUCAUGUUUGAUGUUCAGAAUGGUAAAAUUUUGCGAACAAUGGUUGAUGUUCAUCCUCCUGGCACUGCUGUCCUCCAUGUGAAGUUUACAGAUUUACCUACUUUGGCAUUAUGUAGUGAUAGUGGUGGCUCAGUGUUUGAACUUAAUUUUCGCCGUACAAUGGGCAUAAGAGGCUGUGAUUCAAAAUGUUUAUUUUCUGGUAGUCGUGGUGAAGUGUGUUGCAUAGAGCCACUGUUAUUACAUCCUCUAGCAUCUCAUCCAUUACAGGGGGUUGUAUUAAUUGCAAUGGCAACAUUAUCGAAGAUAAUUGUUGUGAGCAUUCGUCCUAGAAUGCAAGUAAUAUUCACACAUCCUUUGCACAGCACUCCUGCUGCUCUCCCUCUCAUCACAUGGCAGUUUGUUAUAAUUCAAAUGGCUGAUGCUAGUCGUGUGGUUGAUCCAGUUCUUGCUUUUGCUCGUGAAUCAACUGUGUAUUUCUUUCAGGUAUCAGUUGAUGCGCGAUCAAAAGUUCGUCUGGCACCGCUUCAAAAACUGACUGUUCCCUACAUUUUGCUUAGUGUACAUUGGUUAAACACAAGAACCCUUGCAGCUUUUGACACAUUGGAGCAGCUUCAUUUACUUGAUGUACGGACUCAAGAAGAACUGGAAGUUCUGGAUCUAUCUGGAGUUGGCCUUGUGUAUGGUACUAGUCAUUUUAAAGGGUUAUGUACUGGAGGGAAUGUCAGUAAAGCAAUGGCAUUAGCAGGAGAACGGGCAUGUUAUAACUCAGUAGUGAGUUUUGGUAACCAGAUGUUAAUAUUGGGUACUAAAAGUUUCCAUGUUCUUACAAUUCGCACAUGGAAUGAAAGACUGAAUCACCUUGUAAAACAGGGACGGUAUCUAGAUGCAUUAGCUUUGGGAAUGGCAUUUUAUCAAGAUCGAGCCAAGGCUGUUGUAGGGUUAAAAGGACCAAAACAUAAAAGAAAAGAAAUUGCUCAUGAUAAGGUUCUGGAAAUCUUGAACACAUACAUAGAGGAUAUAUUGAUGGCUAGUGAUGGAAAUAUGGAAUUAUACCAGGAAGCAAUUCCUGCAUGUGUUGAAUACUGCAUCGAGUUAGAAGCCACGGACCUUUUGUUCGGUCGGCUAUGGGAUGCAUUUGCAGACACAGAUGCAAGGGGCAUUUAUCUUGAGUCAUUAGAGCCUUGGUUGUUGAAUGACAGACUGCAAACAGUGCGACCUGAUGUAAUGCAAGCAUUUGUGAGACAUUACGAACAACAAAACCGUUUACAGGCUUUGGAAGCCUGCUUAGUUCAUGUAGAAGUCAGCUCUCUAGAUGUACAUCAGGUCAUGAGUCUUUGCUGGGCGAAGGGCUUGUAUGAUGCAAUUAUACAUGUACACAAUAGAGGUCUUCGGGAUUAUGUUGCUCCUAUUCGUGAGCUUAUGCCUUUGCUGCAGGCAGCUUUGGCUACAGGGAAACAAUUGAGUGACAACCAAAUAGCCUUAGGGAACAAGUUGUUAGUUUACAUCAGCUGUUGCCUUGCUGGAAGGGCAUAUCCUGUUGGUGAUAUUCCUGAAGAUGACGUGCAAAGUCACAGUUCUCUGAAAGCUUUUCUUCAUUUUGAUACUCGGGAAUUCCUUAAUGUACUCGCAUUGGCAUUUGAAGAACCAGAAUUUAUGUCAGAGCUUGGAUUACGUCAAGUUCAAAGACUUGUGGAUAUUUUAUUGCUUGUAAUGGUUCAAGGAGAUGGAUAUAGUCCCAGUCAAGUUGGUUCCCUAUUUACUUUCCUUGCUAGGCAGUUGGCAAAACCAUGGUGCAGUCUACAUGUUGAAAGGCAGCUAUUUGAACAGGUGGUUGAAUUUCUUACAGAAGGUUCUACAUCAAGCACAAUGGGGCAUCAUGAGGAGCGACAACAGGCAUUGUUGGAACUUAUUAGAGCUGGAGGACUGCAACAUUAUAACCAAGAAAAGCUUUUGGCCCAGGCACUCAAAGCUGCAUUUUAUCGUGUUUGUGAAUUGCUGUAUGAACAACGACAUGAGUAUGAUAAAAUACUUCAGUGUUACUUGAAAGACCCUCUCCGCCGUCCACAAGUUUUCUCAUAUUUACGAAACAUAUUGUUGAUCUACACUAAAGCGGAAGAGCGUGUUCGUAUUGAAAGCCAGGUGGUUGAGAACAUUAAGGAAUUAUUGGAUAUUGAUGCAGUUCGAACAGGCCAAAUUGUUACUCUGCAUCUUAGUCAACUUUUACCAUCCAUUAUUGAUAAACUUCAAUCAGAGCCUCCUAUACUUUUCCAGUUCCUCCAAGGGCUUUUUGAUUACAGAGAUUCUCACUCUACUGUGGGCCAUAUGAAAGAAGAUCUGGAAUUGGACCCUCACCUUGUGGAACAAUAUAUUGAACUACUUUGCCAGUAUAAUCCGGAUAAAGUGUAUUCAUUUUUGGUGUCUAAUGAAGGAUAUCGAUUGGAUCAGGCUCUACAGAUAGUGAAGAAGCACAACAGCAUAGAAAAUACAGCUUACUUAUUAGAGAAAACGGGUGAUUUCCAAAGUGCUUUAAAUCUAUUGUUAACAAAAUUGGAUGUUGAAAUUCAACAAACUUUAGAGGCUUCUGAAAAUGGUACACAUACUGCUUUACAUGAUCUAGCCACCCAGUUGAUGGGUCUUUGCCAACGUGGUUCUGCCACUUUAGAUGAAAAUGGUAGACGUGGUAUGUGGUUUCCCCUCCUUGAGAGUUUAAUGAAACCCCAAAGAGAAGUUCAUGGAAAAUUACCUGUUUUACAGGAAUUAACUCAACAACUUCUUACUAGUAUGAGUGGGUAUGUUUCUCUUCCUGCUAUACUGCAAGUCAUUCUUAAAGAUCCUGCUUACAAAGAUGGAAAAUUUGGUGAUAUUAGAGAACUCAUGAUGGGUAUGUUAAGUAAUUCUUGCUAUGAAGAGACACUCUUACAGACUACAUCACGUUUACUUAGUGUAGACUUGCAUAAUAAAUUAGCUCGUCUCAUGUCUGAUUGUAAUCGUGGAUUGUCUCCAAGGAAUCCUAUUUGUGCAUUAUGUCGCAAACCUUUAGACACAAUGAAAGCUACAGAAAGUGCAAUUUUGUUCAGAUGCGGUCAUUGCUAUCAUGCUCAGUGUAUGAAAUCACAAAUUCAUUGUUGCCUCUGCGUCAGCAGCAGUGCUAUUGGUAAAAAUGCCAACUCUGAGAUCCUACCUAUACGUUCAAGCACUUUAUAUUCUCCUAGUCCAGUUGAACCUCGGACGUUAUCAGCUUCUCAAGGUCUGUUACACAGCCAAGAAUUUGCCCUAAAACUUGCCCCUCCUCCUAUUCCUGAUCUUGAAGGACUUUUCUAG